CAGCCACAGCCAGAUCCAGUGAAAAACAAGCUCUCAUGUCUGAACUGAAGAUAAUGACCCACCUGGGGCCGCAUUUAAACAUUGUCAACCUGCUGGGCGCCUGUACCAAGUCAGGCCCCAUUUACAUCAUCACUGAAUACUGCUUCUAUGGGGAUUUGGUCAACUACUUGCAUAAGAAUAGGGACAGCUUCCUGAGCCACCACCCAGAGAAGCCAAAGAAAGAGCUGGACAUCUUUGGAUUAAAUCCUACCGAUGAAAGCACACGGAGGUGAGUUGCUGUGAAUCAUUGUUUUAGGA